UGUCACUGUGUUCUCAGUACGGCUUGCGUACGGACGUAAUCUGCGACUGGGAAAUUUCUUGUGUUUCAAAACUGUCUUGUGACAAAGAAAACACUCACAAAACAUGACGAAAUCUGCCAAGAAGACGUCGACGUCCUCGUGGGCCAGUUCUCGCAAGGAGAUGCCUAAAAAGAUGUGUAAGAAGCUUAUCGGUGCAGACCCGAAUCUCGGCUGGAGGUUAUUGGGGGAUCUGGUGAUGAAAAAGCUGCUGGGUUCGGACAUAGUCCCCGUGUCAUGUCCAGAAGACGCUGCGUGUUUCGACCUCGGCACGGUCCUGGUGAAAGAUCACCAGUCUCUGACGGCCAGGGCAGCCCACCGCCACACGACUCUCCGCGCGAUCGGCACCGUCCAGGACAUGAGCGUGUCCGCGCCGGCGAACCUGCGGACCAUCCUCGCACCCAAGGCCGACGAGAACUGGGAGGAGGCUCCGUCCUCCGGCUUUCCCUGGAGUCACACAAUCGGUAACGAGCACGACGGCGAGAGGAAGAGGUUCUACGUCAAGGUGGGAAGCGUCGCCAAGGAGGUGGUCCAUCUGACUCUCAAGAAGGGGGACCUGAGACUUCGAAACGACACGGACGACUUGAGGAAAGCCAAGGCUGUGUAUAUCGUCACGGAGGCCUUCUACGCCAGCGGUCUGAAAGUAGAGGUGACCGUGGACGGUCGGCAGGGCACGUUCGUCACGGAAGACAAGAUCCUGAUAGGAUUCCGCUAUCAGAAGUUCAAACUGUCCAAGACCGGCGUGGUCGGACCGGAACUGUCCACAAAUAUCAAGAGAAAUAGGGAAGCCCACCUUUUUGUGAAGACAAGCUACGCGGAAAGAGUAAGAAAGUCGGUGACUACUGCUGAGCUGAGAAAGCCCUCUAACGCCUCCGUGGCUCUGAUCCCCAAAGCGUCUCUACCAGGCAUGACAGACGAUACAGCCGACCCGAGGUCUAUCCCGGUUACAAAGGACGAGUCUAAUGAGUCCCGGUCAAGCGCAGUGAGUGAUGACGUCACCGAGAAGGACGACAGAUGUCAGGUUGUGGACUUGGAUCAUCACCAAGGCGACGAGGGGUCAAAAGGUCAGAUACAGACGGCGUGGAUUUUGUGA